UGGAGGCGGAGGCGGCUGUGGGCUAUGUGGGGCUUUGAAGGAGACUGAGCCCGUUCCCCUCCUCCCCCACACCGGACACGGCGCUGUGGACACAGGCUCGCCCUGGUUCCUCGCCCCCGGGGCUGAGGCGGAGACCCAGGCAGGCUGUCCUGCUUGGGCUCGGGCCCCGGCGCCGGCGCCGGCCAGGCCCAACCGCUGGGAACGGAACGGAACGGAGAGGAGCUGAGGAGGCCGAGUCGUAGUGAAAAGAGAAAACUGAAGAACAGACUCUCAAGAUGAGCAAAAAGCCCCCAAAUCGUCCUGGAAUCACUUUUGAGAUUGGUGCUCGUUUGGAGGCACUGGACUACUUACAAAAAUGGUACCCAUCACGAAUUGAAAAAAUAGACUAUGAGGAGGGUAAGAUGUUGGUCCAUUUUGAACGCUGGAGUCACCGUUAUGAUGAGUGGAUUUAUUGGGAUAGCAAUCGAUUGAGACCUUUGGAAAGACCAGCACUAAGAAAAGAAGGCCUGAAAGAUGAGGAGGAAUUCUUUGACUUUAAAGCUGGAGAAGAAGUUCUAGCGCGUUGGACAGACUGUCGAUAUUACCCCGCCAAGAUUGAAGCAAUUAACAAAGAAGGAACAUUUACAGUACAAUUCUAUGAUGGAGUUAUUCGAUGUUUAAAAAGAAUGCACAUUAAAGCCAUGCCAGAGGAUGCCAAAGGGCAGGUGAAAUCCCAGCAUCCACUAAGCUGGUGUUGUCCUAUCGACCCAGCUGGAGCGUGGAACCAGUCUGUGGGAAGUCAGGAUUGGAUAGCUUUAGUCAAAGCAGCUGCUGCUGCAGCAGCCAAGAACAAAACAGGGAGUAAGCCACGAACCAGUGCAAACAGCAAUAAAGAUAAAGAUGAAAGAAAAUGGUUUAAAAUACCUUCAAAGAAGGAAGAAACAUCAACCUCUACAGCCAUACAAGAAAUUGAGAAAAAGGAAGAACUGCCAACAUCUAGUGAAACAUUUGGACUCCACGUAGAGAAUGUUCCAAAGAUGGUCUUUCCACAGCCAGACAGCACAUUAUCACACAAGAGGAAAAGUAAUCAAGGCAACUCAUUUCAGGCAAAGAGAGCUCGUCUAAACAAGAUUACUGGUCUUUUGGCAUCCAAAGCUGUUGGGGUGGACGGUGCUGAAAAAAAAGAAGACUGCUGCAGCGAAACGGCUCCAAUGCUGGAGCAGGAGAUUUCACCUAAACCUCAAAGUCAGAAAAAAAAUGAAGCUGACAUUAGCAGUUCUGCCAACACUCAGAAACCUGCACUGUUAUCCUCAACUUUGUCUUCAGGGAAGGCUCGCAGCAAGAAAUGCAAACAUGAAUCUGGAGAUUCUUCUGGGUGUAUAAAACCCCCUAAAUCGCCACUUUCCCCAGAGUUAAUACAAGUCGAGGAUUUGACGAUUGUAUCUCAGCUUCCUUCUUCAGUGAUUAAUAAAACUAGUCCAUCACAACCUGUGAAUCCCCCUAGACCUUCCAAACAUAGUGAGCGGAGAAGAAGAUCACAACGUUUAGCCACUUUGCCGUUGCCUGAUGAUUCUGUAGAAAAGGUUUCUUCUCCCUCUCCAAUCACUGAUGGAAAAGUGUUCUCCAUCAGUUCUCAAAAUCAAGAGCCAUCAGUACCUGAGGUACCUGAUGUUGCUCAUGUGUCACUUGAGAAGCUUGGACCCUCUCUCCCUCUUGACUUAAGCCGUAGUUCGGAGGUUACAGCACCCGUAACCACAGAAUCCUCUUUUAAUGAGUACCCCAGUACAGAAAAGGAAGAUAUACAGAUGAUUUCAUAUCAUUCUUCCAAAGCAGUAACUGAUGGAAGAGUAGCUUCAACAGUGUCAGGAGUAUUGAAAACAGAAAAAAAAGUGAAAUUGGAAGAGAAAAGUUCAACGACAUUUGGUAAGAAGAAAGAAAAGGAUAAAGAGAGAAAGGAGAAAAGAGAUAAAGAUCAUUUCAGGCCAAAACAAAAAAAGAAGAAAAAGAAAAAAAAGAAAUCCAAGCAGCAUGACUAUUCAGACUAUGAAGACAGUUCUCUAGAAUUUUUGGAAAGGUGCUCCUCUCCACUCACUCGGUCCUCUGGGAGUUCUCUGGCUCUGCGAAGCAUGUUCACGGAGAAAAAUACGUCAUAUCAAUAUCCAAGAGCUAUUUUAUCUGUUGAUCUUAGUGGAGAAAACUUAUCAGAUGUUGAGUUCUUGGAUGACUCUUCAACUGAAAGUUUGCUUCUAAGUGGGGAUGAGUACAAUCAGGACUUUGAUUCUACCAAUUUUGAAGAGUCUCAAGAUGAAGAUGAUGCCCUUAAUGAAAUUGUCAGAUGUAUUUGUGAAAUGGAUGAGGAGAAUGGCUUUAUGAUUCAGUGUGAAGAGUGUCUGUGUUGGCAGCACAGUGUUUGUAUGGGGCUGCUGGAGGAUAGCAUCCCUGAGCAGUAUAUCUGUUAUAUUUGCAGAGAUCCACCAGGUCAGAGAUGGAGUGCAAAAUACCUUUAUGAUAAGGAAUGGUUGAACAAUGGACGAAUGUGUGGAUUAUCAUUUUUAAAGGAAAAUUACUCUCAUCUCAAUGCCAAAAAGAUAGUUUCAACACAUCAUCUACUUGCUGAUGUAUAUGGUGUAACAGAAGUGCUCCAUGGGUUACAACUAAAAAUUGGUAUUCUAAAGAAUAAGCAUCAUCCUGACCUUCAUCUCUGGGCCUGUUCAGGAAAGCGGAAAGACCAAGAUCAAAUAGCUGUUGGGAUAGAGAAAAAAAUGACAGUGCAAGACACUGUUAAUCUAGAAGAACGGACAUGUCCUGCUCAGAAUCAUAAAGAGACUCCUAGCUUGCCAAGAAAAAUGGAAGGAACAUAUAUUACAAGUGAGCACAGCUACCAGAAACCACAAAAUUUUGUUCAGGAUUGUAAAUCAUCUGAUCCUGUGAGCUCUGAUGAUGAAGACGUUAGUAGUUUUGAAGAGGAACAGGACUUUCACACAGAAGAUAAAAACUGUUUACAAUUUUCCAUAAAAGAAGAUGGUAUGAGUGAACAGAAUUCAGCAGAAGGGAAUACAUUAUUCGUCUAUAAUGAAAAAAGAAAUACAGAAGAAAAAGGAGACUCUCAUCUUCAGUGGCAGCUCAACCUUCUCACACACAUAGAGAAUGUCCAAAAUGAAGUCACCAGCAGGAUGGAUCUGAUUGAAAAAGAAGUUGAUGUUCUGGAAAGCUGGCUUGACUUCACAGGAGAGUUGGAACCACCAGAUCCUCUUACAAGAUUACCACAGCUUAAGCGCCACAUAAAACAGCUUCUGAUUGAUAUGGGAAAAGUACAGCAAAUAGCAACUCUUUGUUCUGUAUGACAAAAAGGAAGAAAUAAGGAAAAGAACAUGAUUGUGUACAGCAAAAUAUAUUAUCUGCCAGACUGACAAUGAAUAGUUGAAAGCUUAGUAACUUUUUACUAAGUUUUCUAACUAGAAUUUAUAAUAUUAAUAUAAUGGAGCCUCAGAGAGAAAAAUGGUUACUAGUCCACUCAAAAAGGUCAAUAUCUAAAAUUAUCAAAGUAUUUCCUGUGCGAAACCUUCAAAUGGUAAUUAUACGUCCUGAGGAUUGAUGAUAUGGGAAUAUGAUCAAUACAAAGUAAAACUAGUCAACUGGAUCUUUCAGAAUUCAUUUGCCUGAACCUCAAGAUAUCGAUAAAAAUAUUUUUCUAAGGUUUUAGUAGAAAGAUACAAAUUUACAAACCAACAUUUUACCCACAACAGAAUUCUAGAAAAAAAAUCAGAAUUCUAUAAAGAGUUCUACUGGAUUUCUAAUAUAACACAGAUCUAAAAAGAACUGUGUGUAAUAUGUGAUUUAUUCAGUGACACAAAUGCUUUGGGUCUAUAAAUUCAUACAGGAUCAUGAACUGUUUUCCUGAGUGACGAAUCACAAUCAGUUAAGACCACACAAGCUUUACUUCUGGGCAGGAUAUAGAGGGGUGGUGCUAGGGAAAUGUCAAGAAAUUGUGGAGUACUUAUUUUUCCAAAUGAUA